AUGGCUGUCGCCUUGCUCGUCGCCCUGCCCCUGCUGCUGCUGCAGGCGCCCGCCGAGAGCGGAGCCCACUACGAGAUGAUGGGCACCUGCCGCAUGAUCUGCGACCCGUACAGCGGCGGCCGCCCGCCCGGCCCCGGCAGCACCGCCGCCGUGGAGGCCCUGCAGGACCUGGGUGCCAACCCCCCGCCGCCCUUCGUCCAGGGACCCAAGGGGGAGCCGGGCCGGCCGGGCAAACCGGGCCCCCGCGGACCCCCCGGGGAGCCGGGUCCUCCCGGUCCGCGGGGCCCGCCGGGGGAGCGGGGCGAGGCGGGGAAGCCGGGGCUGCCCGGGCUGGCGCUGGCCGGGGCGGGCGGCGGCGGGAGCGGCGGCGGGGCGGCUGCGGGCGGCGAGGCGGCGGGCGGGCUGAGCGCCGCCUUCAGCGGGCCGCGCAUCGCCUUCUACGUGGGGCUGAAGAGCCCCCACGAGGGCUACGAGGUCCUCAAGUUCGACGACGUGGUCACCAACCUGGGCAACCACUACGACCCGGCCAGCGGCAAGUUCACCUGCCAGGUGCGCGGCAUCUACUUCUUCACCUACCACAUCCUCAUGCGCGGCGGCGACGGCACCAGCAUGUGGGCCGACCUCUGCAAGAACGGGCAGGUUCGGGCCAGUGCCAUCGCCCAAGACGCAGACCAGAACUACGACUAUGCCAGCAACAGCGUGGUGCUGCACCUGGACUCCGGCGACGAGGUGUAUGUUAAGCUGGACGGAGGCAAAGCGCACGGAGGCAACAACAAUAAGUACAGCACUUUCUCUGGCUUUCUUUUAUACCCCGAUUAACACACAACAAGCGAUGUGACACGACUGGCCCCGCCACUGACGCCCGUGGGGCUGGCUGUGCCCCUGCCCUCUCAUGCCGCUAUUCCCGCUGGUGUCCACUGUCUCCGCAGGUCACUUUAGCUUCAUUAUCCGUUUAUGUAGGGUUUUUGUUUUAUUUUUACCCCUGUGGAAACGAAAUAGAAGUGAAACAAAGCAGCCGCCUUCCUUACUCUCCCCCAUUUGCUCUGAACCCUGCUCGCCCUUUGUCAGCCUCAGUGUAUUUUGUGUCACACGAGGAACUCGGCAGCUUUAAACUCUUGAGUGGUUCCCGGGGGGUGUGAGAGAGCCCUGAGUUCAGACUGUGCCACACACGGAAUUUGAACUGGUCACAUUUUUUAUUUUUUUUUUUGUCCAGGAGUAUUAAUUAUGAUAAUGCUGAAUUUUCAGAUCAACUAUUCAUGAAGUGGGGCUGGACCAUAACUUGACUUUUCCUCUGCUGCUUUGUUUGUAUGGGGUCAAGUGUAAACUUUUAUUUCUUGUGCAAUGCGAUGCUCGCGUGAGUGAUGGUGUCAUUAACGUCAAACCUGUGCCUGUCUGCAAAAGAAUUCAGUCCUUGACCACAAUCAUCAAAA